AUGAUGCUCUUGUUAAAGCCACUGACAUGGAAUGUCAUGAUGUCGCUCUCCUACAGUGUGAUCCUUGAGUGCCUCGCUUCGGUGGCCGAGCGCCUCGUGGGCCAUGUACAGCGCUAUUCGGAGAAAAACGGCUUUGGCUUCAUCGCGUGCCCCGCUUGUCGGGAUCAGUUUGGUCGCGAUGCACAGCUCUUUCAGGAAGAUUGGGAGGCUUUGGAACUUCACGUGGGCAGUGCGGUUAGCUUCGUGCUCUCGUUUGAGGAGCGAUUUCCAUGUCCCAAGGGCAGGCCCUGGGCGGCGGAGAUACAGAAAUUGGAGCAGUGA